AUGGAGCACGCGCGGCUGUUGAGCCGGCGUCUGCGGCCGCACGUGCUCUGCUGGUUUGGCUCAGGAGUCCACUGCAGUCGUCACCACCACCAGCUGCAAGGAGAACUCUCGACCCGCUUCCUGGAGGCCGUGGCCAGUGUACAAGCAUGGGUUGCUUGCAGGCCCGGGAAAUGCCGGCUGCGGCGCAUGGGCGCCCAGAGUUUAUUCUGCGCAAGUCGUCUUUCUCGACACUUGACUACAGAGGUGUCUCAAGCCACUUUAGCCAGCGUGGCCCCUGUGUUCUCAGUGAUGAAAUUUGAUAAAGAAGGCAACGUAAGCUCAUAUGAAAGAAAGAAAACGGAAUUAUACCAAGAGCUAAGACUUCAAGCACGAGACCUACGAUUUCAGCAUCAAGUAAGCAUAUCGCCCAGAAACAAUAGGAUUAUCAUGAGAAUGGAGUUUUUGAAAGCUGUGGUAACACCAGAGUAUCUUCUGAUCCUGGACUAUCGCAAUGUAAAUAUGGAAAAAUGGUUGCUUCAAGAACUGGCUCCUCAGCUGGCUGGAGAAGGUCAACUAGUUACGUAUUCCUUACCUUUUGAAUUCAGAGCUAUAGAAGCAAUACUGCAAUACUGGAUCAGCUAUCUACAUGGGAGACUUAACAGUUUGCAGCCUCAGAUUCUUGAGACGCUGGAUGCGUUAGUGGAUCCUAAACUUCUGUCUGUGGAUAGGACCAAAGUUCAUAUUCUGUUGCAAAAUGGGAAAAGUUUGUCAGAACUGGAAACAGAUCUUAAAGUUUUCAAAGAAACAAUUCUGGAAAUUCUAGAUGAGGAAGAAGUAUUAGAAGAACUGUGCCUAACGAAGUGGACAGACCCACAAGUAUUUGAGGAGAGUAUUUCUGGCAUUGACCACGCAGAAGAGAUGGAGCUGCUGCUGGAGAAUUACUACAGGCAAGCAGAAGAUCUUAUUAAUGAUGCGCGUGAACUCAGAGUACUGAUUGACGAUUCUGAAAGUAUCAUCUUUAUCAACCUAGACAGUCACCGUAAUGUGAUGAUGAGACUGAACUUGCAGCUGACCAUGGGUACUUUCUCUCUUUCGCUCUUUGGAUUGAUAGGAGUAGCUUUCGGUAUGAAUUUGGAAUCGUCAUUUGAAGAGGACCGCAGAGCAUUUUGGCUGGUGACAGGAAUUAUGUUCCUGGGUAGUGGUCUGAUUUGGCGGCGUCUGCUAUCAUACCUUGGACGACAUCUGGAACCUUCAUUUCCUCCCCCUAUCCCAGCUUUGCUGAAAAGAAGUCAGCCAGCCAAUGGGAAAGUAGAAUUUAAAAGUGACUUUAAAACAGAACCUCUUGGGUCAAGCAGAAGUACAAUGACCAGCCAAUGAUCCAACCUCUUUUUGUUCUUCCUGUAUCACUGACUUUUGGACUACCACUGUGUUUUCUUAUAGUAAAAUUAUAGAAGUAUAACACUUGACCUUAAUAUGCCAAAGAUGUGCAACUGGAAUCACCAACAUCUUCAACUUUGAAGAGAGAUGUCUAGCAGAAUUUUAUGCAGCCAGCAAUUUAACUUGUAUUGUGUCAGAAAAAUAAUUCUCUCUAAACAGCAUUUUCCAACACAGUAGAAAAUCUCAAGCAGGUGUGAAUUAUUAAAUCUGACGUCUCCUGUUGACUAUUGAAAAUCAAGCAAUUCAUGUUAAUAUUAAUUUAGAAUGUUUUGGUCUGGCCCAUUAUCAAUAUACCAUUCCUCCUUUCCUAAUUUUGAAAGUAACAUUUUCUUCCACAACUAAAAUAUCAUAGGAUUAGUGUGUUGCUGGGCUUCGAGUGUAAAAAGAGCACAUAUAGUGAGGGAGGAAAGGCAUUAAAAGUACUUGGCUGCUGGCCCCACUUAGUUACAUCCAGCUAGACAAAUCUUUUUUGCUUGUGUAGGUAAGCUAGUAAGUUACAUUUCAAAGGACAAUAAUUUAACUCAAAAGAAUGUCCCUGUCAGGGAAACUUAGUGUACUGUAUUUAAGUAGUUUAAAUUCCCUAUGAAAUACUAGCAUCUACUGGCAGUUCAGCUGUUGGGCCCUAGAGGGAGAAGAUCUGUCUUAAACUUCCUCCAUCAUUUCAAUAUCACACGUACAUCCACUAGUGAUCAGAGCCACCACCCACAGGUUUAAAGCAGGCUUCUACACACAUGCCCCAGCUAGGUGGGAGAAAAGAUGUGUGUUCAAACAGGUUCCUCAUUCCAAGUCAACAGCCAGAGCUGUGUAUAUGGAGCCUAUUAAAAAUGUUUGACAAGGAAUGUAACUAGGGAAUGGAAGAAAUGUCUAUAUGUUGCCAAUGCUUGCCCUGAAACCUACUGAUGACACCUUAAGCAGUUAUUCUGAGUUUAGAAUGAUUAUAAAAUGCUACUCAAAGAGUGUAUCUGCUUUUAUUACCUAUGGAACAAGGCAGUAAACACUCAAGACAUUAGUUUGGGAUUUCAAAUUAAAUUAGGACAUUCAUUAAUCAAUAGCUUGAAUAAUACAGAAAAUCUAAAUAAUUGUUUGACAUCCAGAAGAAAGUGAAAUUGCACUUUGAGUAGGAAGCAGAAGCUAUUUAAAGAGGUGUAGAAACCCAGGAAAUCCCUAGUGGCUAAUAUUGACAUAACACCAUUUAAAAACUUGAUGAAUUCAUCAAAUAGAUAUUUGUCUUGCAGUUCUGUGCAAGUGCACUAAAGUACUGUUUAGAAGUACCUGGAAAUGCCAUUAUCUUUCUCUUGGUUUAAGUUCUCGCUGGGGUGGGGUGGGGUGGUGGUAGCAACUCCUCUUAUCCCUGCACCAUCUAAAAGUGCAAUGUCUGCCAUUGAUGACAUAAAGACACUAGUGACUGGACACAGGCCUUUGAUCUAGUUGAAAGGAUAUUUCCUUUCAAAUGGGCUGAAAUGAAAAGGAUGCAGAGGUUAGGGGGAAAAUGUGGGUGGGAAAUACCAAACUAUAUUUUCUGGAUCGGUUUGGACUUUCUUCUAUAGUACAAUAUAUUAAAAUAAGAGUUGACACCAUGUAUGUUUGAUCUGAAUUCUCAUACCAUAGUUAAAAUAGUUAACUACUGAAAAUUAGAGUUUCCAUUCAACUGUUGUUUUAUCUAUUAUGGACACUUUAAACAGUAACAUUAAUUCCAGAGGAAUAGCAGCGUUCACUAAUAGAAGGUUAACAUUAUUCAUACAACAGUCCACUACAGUAUAUAUGAUGCUGUGGUUAUAUCCCCAGGGGUGCAAAAAUGAAAGUGAUUUAUGAAGCAUAGUUCACUGAAGAGAUGCCAAAAAAUAAUGCAAUUAAAAGGUAUAGAUAAAAAUCCUUCCACUAAGCCGUGCUUUUACUGAGCUUCUCUCAGCAGCCACAACAACUUCAUUCUGCAAAGACAAAAGGCAGCCAUCAAUUUUACAGAAUUUAGUUCCGUUCAUAGGCAGAAAAAGCAUUGUUAACUGAAGAUUUUUGACUGGAUCAUUGGUCUAAUGUGAAGCAAAAUAACUCUGCUGUUAUCAAUUCAGUUGUUGCUUUAAAUCACCAUAAAACAGGCAUCCAAUGGUAGUAUUGGGAGGGCAGCAAUCAGACUGGUGCUGUGCUGUUGUCUUCACCAAGUCUGAUAGUUCAUGAUGCAGUCCCUGGGUUUCCUUCUUAGGCAAGGGCCAAAGCCAAGCAGUCGAGAGCAACAUUUCAGCAAAAAUUGGGGCAGAGGGUGAAACUGGGCACUCUGAAACAUUUUAGACCAUUCUGGAGAGAGGAGCAAGCAAUUCAAGGGCAAGGGGCUUACUAGGCUAGUAGCAGUCAUGGCACUUUUUGAAAAAAAAUUAAUAAAUUAGCUGUUGUGCAGGUAGCAACAUAACAGAAAUCCAAUUGGUAGCUGCCUCUUUCCCCCAAAAUGCUUUGGAUAAUAGCAUUGUACCAGGGCAUUCUAAGAGAAAAUGUGGCUCCCACCCCCCCACCCCCCGAAUGCCCUGGUACAACAGUUCAACCACAACCAGGACAUUUGUUUUGGGCAACGGCAACCUCCAGGAGGCCUCCCACUGCUACUAUUACAGCACAAAAAAUUUAAAGGGAGUCAAGUCUCCACCCCCAAGCUAGUCCCACUGAAUUCAGUGAGGCGUACUCCCAGGUACGUGAGUAUAGGAUUGCAGGCUUCCCUUUUCAGAAAAAGUCCUGCACACACUCAUGACAGUAUUGCUGAAGCCUACAAAUCUCUGCUGUGAUGCCUUUAGUGGGUUCUUUGUGGAUAAAAUCUCCUGUAUUCGGGCCGACUUGGACUCCACUAUUUCUGCAGGGUCUGUGAGGGAGGUAUCCUGCAAUCCUUCUUGCAGUGUUAGGUUGGUUCAGUUUCAAUCUGUGACUCCUGAUGACGUGGACAAGCUGCUUGGAGCAGUAUGGCCUACCACUUGUUCUCUGGAUCCUUGCCCAACCUGGCUGCUUCGAUCUAGCGGAGAGGUUGUUGGAGAUGGCCUAGUUAAUAUCAUAAAUGCAUCGCUGAGGGAGGGUAGGGUGCCUCCCUGUUUGAAGGAGACAAUCGUUAGACCUCUUCUUAAGAAGCUUUCCCUGGAUCCCUCAGCGAUGGAUAGUUAUAGGCCAAUCUCCAAUCUCCCCUGGCUGGGCAAGGUAAUCGAGAGGGUGGUGGCUAACCAGCUACGGGCGGUUUGGGAAGAAACUAUUAUCUAGACCCAUUUCAAACUGGCUUUAGAACAGGCUAUGGGGAUUGACAGUGGGAGUGUGACUCUGUUGGUCCUCUUGGAUCUCUCGGCGGCGUUCGAUACCAUCAACCAUGGUAUCCUUCUGGGUCACCUGGAGGAGUUGGGAAUAGGGGGCACUGCUCUGCAGUGGUUCUGUUCCUAUCUCUCGGGUAGAUCCCAGAUGGUGGAGCUUGGUGACAGUCGCUCCUCAAAGCAAGAGCUGUUAUAUGGAGUCCCUCAGGGUUCCAUUCUGUCACCAAUGCUUUUCAGUAUCUACAUGAAACUGCUGGGUGAGAUCAUCAGGAGAUUUGGUGCUGGGUGUUAUCAGUAUGCUGAUGACACCCAAAUCUACUUCUCCCUUUCAUCUUCAGGAAAUGGCACUCAUUCUCUAAAUGCCUGCCUACAGGCAGUAAUGGGCUGGAUGAGGGAUAACAAACUGAAGCUGAAUCCAAGCAAGACGGAGGUGCUCAUUGUGGGGGCUCAGAAUCUGAGGAGUGAGAUCUUCCUGUGCUGGAUGGGGUUACACUCCCCCAGAAGGAGCAGGUGCGCAGCUUGGGAGUACUCCUGGACACAAGCCUCACCCUGGUUUCUCAGGUGGAGGCCAUGGCCAGGAGUGCUUUCUAUCAGCUUCGGCUGAUUCGACAGCUACGCCCAUUCCUUGAAGAGGAUGACCUCAAAACAGUGGUGCACCAGCUGGUAACCUCCCAGCUUGACUACUGCAAUGUGCUCUACGUGGGGCUGCCUUUUACAUAGUUCGGAGACUUCAAUUAGUUCAGAAUGCAGCAGCCAGAUUGGUCUCUGGGGUAACCCGGAGAGACCAUAUUACGCCUAUUUUGAAACAACUGCACUAGCUGCCGAUAUGUUUCCGGGCAAAAUACAAAGUGCUGGUUAUAUCCUUUAAAGCCCUGAACAGCUUAGGCCCGAGUUACCUUAGAGAGCGCCUUCUUCUGCGUGAUCCCCACCGCACAUUAAGGUCAUCUGAGGAGGUUCGUCUCCAGUUAUCACCAGCUCAUCUGGUGGCAACUCAGAGGCGGCCCUUCUCUAUAGCUGCUCCGGGGCUGUGGAAUGCGCUCCCUGCGGAAAUCUGUAAUUUGAAUUUUCUCUUAGCCUUCAGGAGAGCCCUUAAAACGUAUUUGUUUGGCCUGGCUUUCCAGGGUUUUUAAAUCUGUUUUAAUAUUUUAAUCCGAUUUUGGGGCUUUCAAUCACUGUAAUUGUUUAAUUGUUGUUUUAAAAUGUUUUUAAAUUGUUAA